AUGUCCAUCCGGCGACAAUCGUGCGACACCUGCUUUGCCUCACGCCGAAAAUGCGACCUCACCUAUCCAAUCUGCACACGAUGUGAGCGCAACAGCAAACCCUGUCACUACAAGUAUCCGCCUCAAAUACCCAAGGACUCCAUCACCACCGACAUUACGACCAUUGUGACCGUGUCCAAAUCCACCGGACAACUGAAGCGAAAAUUCAGCCACCUGGACCCGUCAUCGCCAUCACAAUUAUCUUACGACUCCUCCCUCAUCCUUACGCCAAGAUGGCUCGGCCACCUAGGCAAACUCGCACCCAUCACGGCCUCAAAAACAUGGAACUGGGUAUUCGACCAGAUUCGCCACUGUCCACAAGUAUUCGCAGAACGCGCCGAAACAAUCUUCAUCCACAAGAGCCUUCACACCAACUACCAGCUCCCGCAGCCUCUCCGCGCAGCAUUCGGCAUCUGCACGGGCACCCUAUCCCCCAAGGAAUCCAACCGCCAGCUCGUCUUCCACGUGCUCGACUCUGAAGUCGUCUCCCUGCUCACAUCAUCCUUGACACUCUCCCUCCAGGAAGAGCUCUACAAACUACAAGCCAUUGUGCUCUACCAAAUUAUCCGACUGUUCUACGGCCAAAUCAAAGAGCGCAUGCUUGCCGAACGCCAGGAAUACCUUGUGCGCUCAUACGCCCUCAAGUUACUACAGCUGUCGAAUACAGAAUUGCGCGACGCGCCUCGCACGUGGGAGAAGUGGAUUCUCGCAGAGAGCAUCCGCCGCACAGUCUACAUUGCGUUUAAGCUGUAUACCUCGUACUCCAUGUCGAGGUAUGGGCUGUGCUCGGAGAUUCAGGCCAUGAACAUGCUGCCCAUAUCGACAAACUCGGGGCUGUGGUACUCGAAUGAGCGGGAGGGGCGUCAGGUUCCCGUGCGAGAUGAUGUGAUGACGUACAAGGACUUUGCGGAGUUUUAUGGCAGGACGCCGAGGAGGAUAGUUGAGCCGUUUGAGAGACUUAUUAUUGUGGGGUGUAAGAGGCGGAUAGAGCAGGUUGAUGGGAUUGUCUGUCCGAGGAGUAGGGUGGAAGAGAUUGUUUAA